GAGAGAGCGGUCCCAAACAGACACACGACAAUUGUUGGGACGCUCAUCAAUAAAUCAAUCGAGCCGCAAAAAAAAGAAGAAAAAACAUAUAUUUAUAUAUUUAUAUAGACACCGCAAGCAAGGAAACUAUUUGAACUGAAUUCAAUGGAACCACUGGUCGUAUUUUUAAUGUCAUUAUACGGACUCCUGCAUGCGCAAGAGUCGUCGCUGCCGACUAUGCACGACUGUUGUCAGGAUGGUAGGGAGCAUGCCACGGGGGGACUAGACUGCCAAAUACUACCCCACAUCUCCCCCUCCCAUAUCUGCAGGAUAGCCCAGGAGCAGUGCUGUAUAGCGACGGCGUCAGACAAACGCUGUACCGCUGGUAUCGACAUGGGAAGAACACAAGGGGCCUGCGAGAGGCCCUUCUUUAGCGGAGAGCCCUGGGAAACCAAGCUAUCCAAGAUGUGCUGUGACUGCUGCUUGUUGGGUCUGAUCGCAGUAAGCCAGGGUCUGAGCUGUGUCCAGGGUCUGUCACUGGGGGGACAGUGUGAGCACGCAGCUCACAUCUGCUGUGGCAAAACCGACAUAGUGGAAACCACUCCAGUUCCAACAACAGUGAAACCUGCAACGUCACUGCCGGUCCAGAGGAGGGAGAUGCAGAGGGCUGCAGAGUAUAAGAAGAAGCUCAAGAACACAGUGGCUUUGUCUUAUAACAGACAGUCAGUCAAAUCUACUUGCUCCCAGCUCUGUGUAGGCAAUGGUACCUGCGCCUGCCACGACGGCUACCAACUGAAAGUAGAUGGUGUGAACUGUGAAGACGUUAAUGAAUGUUUGACCAGCAGUCACAACUGUAUCUCGGGCCAGGUGUGCAUCAACACUGAGGGCUCCUUUCGCUGUCAGAGGGAAACCAGCUGUGGCACCGGUUAUGAGCUCACCGACCACAACAAAUGUCAAGAUAUUGAUGAGUGUGCUCUCGGGAUCCAUAACUGUGCAAGUGAAUUUGUGUGCAACAACACAGAAGGCUCCUUCCGCUGUCACCCGAAGCAGAGCUGUGGAGAUGGAUUCCUUCAGGAUGCAGUGGGCAACUGCAUCGAUAUAAAUGAGUGUAUCGCCCUGACAAGUCCAUGCCAGCCUGGCCAGACAUGUUUCAACACAGUAGGCUCUUACACCUGUCGCAGAACCACCGUUACCUGCGGACGAGGGUAUCAUCUAAAUGAGGAUGGCACGCGAUGUGAAGAUGUAGAUGAAUGUCGGGCAGGCAACGUGUGUGGGGACCACGGCUGCAUUAACUUGGUGGGCUCGUACCGGUGUGAGUGCAGAGUUGGCUUCAACUUUAACAGCAUCAGCAGGCUGUGUGAAGAUAUCAAUGAAUGCAGGCAUUAUCCAGGACGACUCUGUGCCCACAAGUGUGAGAACACAGAAGGGUCCUACCAGUGUAGCUGCACCAUAGGCUUCCAGCUGGCCUCCGAUGGCAGGAACUGUGAAGAUGUGAACGAGUGUAAGGCCAACCCGUGCAGCCAGGAGUGUGCCAAUGUCUACGGCUCUUACCAGUGCUACUGUCAACGCGGUUAUCAGCUUAGCGACAUCGAUGGCAUCACCUGUGAAGACAUUGAUGAAUGUGCCCUGCCGCGCAGAGGCCAUGUGUGCUCCUACCAAUGUUCGAAUGCCCCGGGGAGUUUCUACUGUACCUGCCCCCCCACAGGCUACACGCUAGCUCCAAAUGGACGCACAUGCCAAGACAUUGAUGAGUGUGUAGCUGGCAGCCACACCUGCUCUAUCACCGAGAGCUGCUUCAAUGUGCAUGGUGGAUACCGCUGUCUGUCCCUCCAGUGUCCAGCAAACUUCCGACAAGCAGUAGAAGGAAAUGAUGGCUCGGGGUUGCUACGCUGCGCGAAGGCCUGCCAGCUCAACGACGUCGGCUGUGCUCUGCAACCCGUCCAACUCAUCACCCACACCAUCCUUUCUCUGCCCACCCUCAGUGAGCUCAGUGCACCAGAAGAGAUAGUCUUCUUGAGGAUGAUGACUCCAACUAACCCUGCUCAUCACCCUGGUGCCACUGACGUGUUCUUUGACAUUGUGACUGCAGAUGACCAGCAAUCUUUUGAUGUGGUGAAGCGCUUUCACUAUGACAGUAUUACGGGUAUUGUGCGGCUGGUGAAACCCAUCACUGGUCCCAGGGACAUUGUGGUGGAAGUGGCCAUGAAUUAUGUCAAGUCCGGAGUCUUCUCUCAUCGUAACAUCAUCGUCAUCCACAUCUUCAUUUCUGAGUUCUCGUUCUAAACUCUGAAGCAAGCCGUGACAAGUUUAAAGUACGGAUUGAAAUGUUGCACUGGUGGCACAAAACAGACCUGAGCAGAAUAUAUUUUGAGUACAGUUUUGAUACCUGAAUAAGGUUAGCCUUACUUUGUUGUCUUGCCAUACAAUUUAUAAAUAACAAAAAGCUGAUGCAGCACGUGGAUGAUAAGACAAACCAAGCGAUUCACACAUUUACUGUAAGUAUUCGAAAUGUAUUGCAUUAUUCGAUUACUGUUUUGGCUUGUCUGUGCUAUUGUGUUUAUUGGGGACAGCACACAUUUGUGUUACUAUCCAACAUAACUGCUGAUAUUGACAAAAUAUUAGAUCUUAACACGAAUAUUUAGUAUGUGUUGUCCCAAACUAUAGGCACUAAAAUGUUUUGAAAAUACAAGUUUAUUUAAGUGCAUGAAACGGAAUAAUUAAGAGUGGUGAGGGGACUUCGAUGUGGAUAAAAUUAUGUAUGAAUGCUUUCUGUUGCCACUGUGAUGUACUGCUGGUUGACCUGUGGAUCUGCUCACUUUUUUUUUAAUAAUGUCUGAUUUGGAGGAAUAGACGUAAAACAUCCGAGAUAAUAAACGCAGAAUGUAUUGAGUUGCUUUUAACAGCUGUAAGUAAAUGUGAAAAGUGCCGCUGACUGCGCCAAGUUUUGCUUUAAGAAUAAUUUGAUUUUAAGACUGCUCCGGUCUUUUAAAGGUCAAUAUGUAACUGUGGGCUCCACAUACCAUCUGUACCAAACUGCCAGAUCUUUGUGAUUUCAAAACAAAACGAAACAGUAGAUUCCAA